AUGGCUAAUGAUUGGGAUGCAAGUGCGAUUUCGGCUGUAGCCGCUUUGAUCGUCGCACUCUUCGCACUCCUAGUCGCUGCUGCACAGGCACUACAGCACUACUUGAUCACUGGUCAGCUCAUCCGUCUUUGCGAUAGUGUCGUGUUUGGUCCUUUGCCAGGUCAGGGCUAUCGCGUUUGGCAGUUCUCCCAGUUCCGCUUCCGAGUGCUCUACUCUAUCCCUCAGAUUAAUCUCGAGGCCGAUCUGUGGCCAACGGAGAGCCCGCAUAUUAAGUCUUACGCUACCGGGGAGGAGAUGCUGCCUGAUCUCCAACCAGAUUCGCUAGUUGACUACUCGGCUUCAAGCUCCUCAAUUGAAAUUGUGUACAGUCAUAGAAGACAUGUCAACAGGAUGGGUACGGGAUUAAGAGGCUCACGGACGCGCAGUGAAUCUUCGAGUUUCUCAGAACGCUCCCGCUUCACUUAUUGGGAUUCUUUACGACUUUGGCUGCGUCGCAAUCUCGCAAGGAUACGAUUGGUAAACCCACCAGCGAGCACCGACUCUUGUAGUUCUUCAAAUAAUUCUGACUACACUUCUUGGGAAUUUCUGGGUAUUUGGAUGCGUCGCAAUUUUGAGAGAGCCCGCUCAAUCAUACCGCCGACUAAAAACAAACAGCCAGCCUCUAUAUCUAAUGACGCAUCCGUGGGCGAGGCGUCCUGGGUCUCCUUCUGCAAAGCCAUCAACGCGUCUUGUGGGGGGUCAGUGAGAUACCGUUCUGUCACUUACGACGCCGACCGAUGUCCCUCUGAUCUCGUAACGGCGCCGAUGCAUGUUUCCAUGAGGGACAUUGCCGUCAUGGGAUUGACAGCGGGUAUGAAGAUCACAGACUGUUCAUUCAAGGAAAAGUCCCUCUCGAUGCAAGGCGCUAUCGGCACGAUUACUAGCUCCAACCAUCCGAUUCUUGGACCGAUACUCCAUUUCACGCCUAGAGCUAUCAGUUCACCCUUACCUCGAUCGCUGACUCCAUGGGGUGAAGAUGAUAGAGGCAUCGUGAAUGCCUUUUGGCUGUCUCGGACAUGGGAUGUCUGUACUGUUGGAAAAGUCUAUUUUGACUCUUUAAAGAGACGUACGACUCGACGGCUUGACGAUCGAUGGACUAGUUAUCAAGAUCCCGGCCAUUAUCAGAGGAGUCAGGGACACAAAAGACCGUUUAAUAUGGCAGGAAUUGUUCCAGUGGACACUGAUCAACGUCAAAGCCGAAGGAAAAAGAAGACCAAAGUCAAGACACCAGGCAGGACAAAGCCUACUGGGUCCGUGUCUGUAGGCCGCCGGUCGCAGGACGGAAAUUGGCACAUCAUAGAGCCGCGUCCGAAUGCUCAAGCAGCUGCCACAGAGGACAUCGGGGACAAGGAGAAGGAAAAAGAUUUGGGGGGAACUGGCGAAGGAGAUGAACCACAGGCGCCACCAGUGCAUCAAUCUGCGUCGGCCACGAAACUUGACUCCUCCGGUGAGCGGGCUACAUCUCCUGCAGAAGAAUCAUCCCAGCAGGUCUCCAGAGACGACUCAGCCUCACAACAGGCCCAGGAAACUGGUCAGGGUCCAGUCAAAGAAAAGGCGCUCGAAAGCCACUUAGAAAAAUCCGACAACCCAGCUCAAAACGAAGCAAAACGAAAGGGACAAAGUGAUGAUAUCCCAGCAGCACCUGUUGCCGAACAAUUUGUACAUGACCACCAACAAAAAGAAAGAACAGCACUUGAAACGGAUCAAGGUGGAGGUCAAUCUCAAAGUACCUCGUUAAAGCCUGACGAACAGAGUUCAGGUCCUCCCGAGAUUAGUGUAAGGGGCUCCCUGUCCAUGUUUGCAAGGCCAGUGCCUCGUCUCCUUCUGACGCAGACACCACACUGGGAUACAUUGCCAGAGGAAAGCCUACAAGGCGAGGGUCACCGAGAACCAGAUAUACACCAACCUCGGAGGAGAGCCACAGUCGAAGACGUACCAGACAGUGGCGAUGAAGUAGCGUCUGAGCCUGGAAGACCGUUCGGUCCAGAAAGCCAUGACCGAGGCCUUGCGGCCAAGAAGAGACAGGAGAGGAGGAACAAGCGCAGCCGAAAGAUUCAGAAGGACAAGGCUAUCGUCGAGGAGUCGUGGGCCAGUGAUACCAGAUCUCAAUUUCUUUUGACGUAUCCAGAAGAGGGACCAGGCUCAGAGCCAACGCCGAAAACAAAAGAGGACAAGGCUCACGCAAGAGAAGCAGAACGACGUCGCAGGCGUGAAGAGAGAGAGAUAGAACGCGACAGACGAAAUAGAUCGCGAGGGAACGUUGUUUCUCUCAACCGGAUGGACAUGUAUUGGUUCUGUCAAGUGGACAUCUACCAGGGCUUCUGGGCUACACCGUGGCGAUCCGACGCACCUCUUGAUACAUCGCUAGUAGGCGCCGUCACUGUCAUUCUGGAAGCGUUGCUAGGAUUUCUGGAAGAAAAUGUCAGCUUAGUUUACUGCAGACCAAUCCGCUUCCACACAACUCGAGAAUGGAUUACAUACGGCGGCAUAUCAUACCCGGCGUACGCAAGUAAUGCCCGUGGCGGCGUUAUUGCUAGAGGUUCAUACAAGGGUGUUCGAGUCCCAGCGUUUCAGUACACUGUUCCGGCGCUCGAACUGCUGUAUUCAUACGAGUGGCAAGUAUCAAGCUACCUACACGAUCAAGAGCGCUACUGCGAAGACCUCAAUAUUGAAUUGAUGCGAAUCGACGCAUGGUUAUCAUACGUCGGUCGCACAGAACGAAUUGCAAAUGGACCCACAGAUCUGUUGAAGGGAGCGCCGGCGCUUGUGCAGUUGCUGCAGGCUGACUUUGAAGUGGAUUUCAUGAACAUUGACCUCUCAGCUAAAGAGGGUGGUCAUCAGGACAUACAGGGGUUAGCUGACAAUGUGAUGGAUUUUCUUACGGACGAGGAGCUUGAUGAGGCUGAGCAACUGUAUAUACUCGUGGCUUUGCUUCGUGCCGUCAAGGUCUGUCAGUGCGUCUUGGCUGGGUCGAAUACCCGUGAGAUGGAGGAGAUUCUAAUGAAGGAUGUUCAGGCACAUCUUGUUUGA